AUGGACGAGAAGAGGAGGCUUUUCGAGUACGUGACCAGGUCACUCAGCGAAGAGGAAGACUUUCACUUUCUCCGCUUCGAGCUUCUCCAGCGCCUCAACAUUGUCAACCUCCAGGUCCAGCUGGCGCGCAUCAAGAGCCGCAUCCAGCGGGACGGAGAGGCGUCUGCCGACGACCUCGAGGACCUCACCACCAAGCUACAGCAAUAUGCCACCGCGAUUCGAGACUAUCAGUUCCUGAGGAACAAGGCCAGCGUGGAGAGGGCCGAGGUGCCGCACCGCAAGCUCCUGCUGCAGAGGUACUUUCAGUCCGAGUCGGACUUUGGCGACCCGUUCGAGUCGCAUUACUCGUACUUUCAGGACGCAGACGGCAAAGUCGACCCGCUUCGGGCCGCCAUGAUGAAGUACCUGCCUGCCCACCUAGCGUUUUCGCGCCAGGAGCGCCGCGAGCGUGGCAAGGAGUUUUCCGAGGGCAAGGCCCCAAGGGUGGUGUCGGCCCUCGUCGAUCGCCUCGUCCGCUUCGUCAUUGCCGUCACUGGCGGUGUCUUUCUCGUCGUGCCCAUGAUCAUCAUGACGCUGCACCCGUCGCAGACCAAGAGCCUGGUGACGGUGUCGGUCGCGCUGCUCGUCUUUUCGCUCAUGCUCUCGUUUGUCGUACGCGUAUCAAACGUCGAGACGCUCGUCUCUACGGCGACGUACGCGGCUGUGCUGGUGGUGUUUGUCGGCACGAGUACUGCCAGCUCAUGA